AGGAGACACUCAUACAAGACAAGUUUAGAGGAAACACCUGGAACGAGACACUGAGGACAAACCUCACCCUUCUUUUAUUCAAGUCUUCCUGUGCUGGAGGAUGAGCGCUGUCUUUGCUAAACUGGACCCCAGGAGAAUUGAGUGGGAGUCGUCCUGGUAUGGACUCCACUCUCGAAUCCUGCGCACUAAACCUGUGGACUCCAUGCAGGAGGGCUCAGAUGACCUGCACGGCACCAGGCUCGCCCGUGUGCUCACUACAGUGGAUCUGGUGUCACUCGGGGUGGGCAGCUGUGUGGGCACUGGCAUGUAUGUGGUCGCUGGGCUUGUGGCUAAGGAAAUGGCAGGACCUGGAGUGAUCUUGUCCUUCAUCAUUGCAGCUGUGGCAUCCAUUCUGUCAGGUGUCUGCUAUGCUGAGUUUGGUGUGAGAGUGCCUAAGACAACAGGCUCCGCCUACACGUACAGUUAUGUCACAGUGGGAGAAUUUGUGGCCUUUUUCAUUGGCUGGAAUCUCAUUCUGGAGUAUUUGAUUGGCACAGCAGCGGGGGCCAGUGCUCUGAGCAGCAUGUUCGACUCUUUAGCCAAUCACACCAUCAGCCGCUACAUGAUCAACCAUCUUGGCACAAUGAAUGGCCUGGGUAAGGGAGAGGAAUCUUAUCCAGACCUGCUGGCUCUGCUGAUUGCUAUGGUGGUGACGGUGAUCGUGGGUUUUGGGGUGAAAAACUCUGUGAGCUUCAAUAAUGUGUUGAAUGUUGUUAACCUGGUCGUGUGGGUCUUUAUGGUGCUUGCUGGACUGUUUUUCCUUUCUGGAGCCAACUGGGAAGAUGGGAGGUUUCUGCCUUAUGGCUGGUCAGGGGUCAUGCAAGGAGCUGCGACCUGUUUCUAUGCCUUCAUUGGUUUUGAUAUUAUCGCCACCACAGGAGAAGAGGCCAAGAGCCCUGACACUUCUAUUCCGUAUGCCAUAACCGCGUCUCUCGUCACCUGUCUCACAGCCUACGUCUCUGUGAGUGUGAUUCUGACGCUGUUGGUGCCAUUUAACCGGAUUGAUGGCGAUGCCCCGCUGAUGGAGAUGUUUGCCAUUCACGGCUUCCUGGCAGGGAAGUAUAUUGUAGCUGUGGGCGCUGUUGCAGGACUCACUGUCAGCCUGCUGGGAUCUCUCUUCCCUAUGCCCAGAGUCAUCUAUGCCAUGGCAGGAGAUGGGCUGCUUUUCAGGUUCCUGUCCUUUGUGAGUCCGCACACCGAGACGCCUGUGCUGGCCUGUGCUGUGUCAGGCUCUCUGGCUGCUCUGUUGGCUCUUCUGGUGAGUCUGAGGGACCUGAUCGAGAUGAUGUCCAUCGGCACGCUGCUGGCCUACACACUGGUGUCAGUAUGUGUGCUGCUUCUGCGAUAUCAGCCCGACAGAGACAGCUUCACCAGUUUCCUUACUGAAGAGGAAGAGGAGGAGCGGAAGAGGAAGGAGGAAAUGAUGGCAGCUAGUGAGAAGGACAUGAACUCACCUGACGGAGAAGAGUACACCGACAACCCCUGUGGGUCCAAGAACCUCCCCUCCAAAGGAGACGAUGAAACUCUGAUCGAAAAAUCAGACUCUGGAGGUUACCAGUCGGAUAGUUCUGGCUACGGUGUUGGAGAUAAUGGCACUGAGGUGGACGACUCCAAUAGUCUCUUGAAACGCAUUUUGGGGUCUCAUUAUUAUACUAUACGGAUGCGUUUGGGACUUCCAAACUUGGGCGAUAGGCCCACUCCUGCAACAGGACGUACUGUUACUUCCUGUGUCCUCCUUUUCUUCAUCUUGACCUUCUUUCUCUGGACGCUUGUCAUCUAUGGUUUCGACCAGGUCUCAGGAGGAGCUCGUUGGGCAAUAUUACCUUUUAUAAUGACUAUAGUUGUCCUCAUGGUUACUUUGGUUAUUAUUAUUCUCCGGCAGCCCGAGAGCCCUAAAAAGCUGCCCUACAUGGCGCCCUGUGUGCCCUUUGUGCCCAUCGCUGCCAUGCUGGUGAACAUUUACCUCAUGCUCAAACUCUCCAGCAUCACCUGGGUGCGCUUUGUGGUGUGGUGCUCACUAGGUGUGUUGAUCUAUUUUAGCUACGGGAUGUGGAACAGCUCGCUGGAACUCAGCGCUAGAGAGGAAGCGGCUCACGCCAGCUCCUACCAGAGGUAUGACACAGAGGUGGACGACAGCUUCAAUGUCGAUGAAGACCUCCCUCCUCAGGAGGACGAAGAGGACGGACAGUACCAGGGCUGGGCGGCUGAGGAGUAUGACAAUCAGAAACAUUACCAGAGAUCGUCCAACAGUCACACUUACAGAAGCAAAGGCAGGACCAAUAAAGGCUUUGAGGAGCUGGUCAAUGAAGAGUAUUCACCUGAGUGAGCAAUAUACACUAAACUACUGUCGCAGUGGAGGUUUGAUUUGGGUGCCCACGAUUUUGGCAAAUAGAAUAUGUUCCUAGGUCAAUGCAACAAUACUGUAAUAAGUACUAAAGACAAAAUGUGCAUUAUGACAAUAAAUUAGAUAAUUUUAAUUAAAAUACCCUGUUGAUAAUAUAUGUUUAAAGUCAGAAUGAGAUGGAAGCGACAUCGGAGUGACAUCGGAGUGAACUGAAAAUCAUUUAAGGAAAUUUGAUUAAAAAAGUAAAACAAAAAACAUGAUGCACGGAUAAAUUGUUUACAAGAAGAUCAUUAAGAAUUUACAUUUCAUGCUUACUUUAAAACAAUUUAUUUUUUUAUUAAUUUAUUUAAUAAAUUAGUGUCACAUGGCAAUAUGAAUUUAAACAAUAUUUUUGUCAAAAGACAAAAACUAUUACUAAACAAAUCCAUUAUUAAAAUCAGUAAAAAAAAAAAAAAAAAAAAAACUGUUUAAUGUUAGUAUGUGCUUGUCUGAGAGGAACAAAUGUCAGUCCAGGAACACAUUCUACUUGACAAAAUCAGUCACUGAAGGAUUUUCUAGAUUUGAAGGUGUUCUUUAAUGUCUCUCUAAUUAUUAAAACAUUUUGUGUGUAUUUCUUAGUGAACUGAAAAAUAUUUGUUCUAGAACAGGUACUUGUAAAAAUGCAUUUGCACCUUGUGACAGAUAAGCAAUUAUCUAGAGGGAUAUUUAGACCGUUUUUUUUUUUUUUUUAAUUGAGGCUUCAUAAGUGCCUUUAAAUAGCCGCUCCUUAAUGUUAUUCUACUUAAAUCAAAUAUAUGCUUACUUAGAUAUUUAACAGAGUUAGUUUUUUUUUCUCAUGUGAGCUGCUGUUACAGUGUUGAUUUUAAAUUCACUUUUUCAUCAUACUUCGAUCCUAAAAGCAGGGCCUUUGUCUUCUCCUUAUAAAUACUCAGGAAGACUCUUAAAAGCAGCAACUCAUGCAAGUUGUCACGACAUGAGCAGAAACCCUCUGUAGAUGCACUGAGUGGACUUUUCACCUUGCAUCUUCUCCACAGCUGUGUUUGAUCUAAAAUCUCAAGCUCUCCCUUGAAUUUCAGGGGGAAAUAUUAUGAUUGGCUCCUUGUGAAAGCUU